GGCUUUGCCGAAGAAGAAGAAGCCAUAAUUGGGUCUGGACUCUGGAACAAUACUGUACGAGCUUCUUCUUGAAUGAUUGCGUUGUCAAAACGCACCGUUUCAUAGUACUUCUCUGGACUUACUCCACCUUCUCAUCGUAGACAGAGAUUGAGGCGGUGCUCUGAUGGCCGAGAAACCACAGCCGUUACGCGUACUCUACUGUGCGGUUUGCAGUUUGCCCGCUGAGUAUUGUGAAUUUGGUCCCGAUUUUGAAAAAUGCAAGCCCUGGUUGAUCCAAAACGCACCGGACCUGUAUCCCGAUCUCAUCAAAGAGGCAAAUGCCAAGGAAGCUAACAAGGUCGCCGAGCAGUUACAAUCCGCCGGUAUCUCAUCGAGCGGCGGUGACGGUGCUACUCCUUCAGGGGGUACUUCUGCACCUAAGGAAGAAGUAAAACGUCUUCCUGGUGGGAAGAUAAAGAAGAAGGAGAAGCAAGAAGUUGUUAUUGAAAAGGUCACACGUAACAAACGGAAAUGUAUCACCACUGUUAAAGGGCUAGACCUGUUUGGUGUUAAACUUAGCGAUGCAUCAAAGAAACUUGGGAAAAAGUUUGCUACUGGAGCCUCUGUUGUUAAGGGUCCAACUGAGAAGGAGCAAAUUGAUGUUCAAGGAGACAUAUCCUAUGACAUUGUGGAGUUCAUUACGGACACCUGGCCUGAUGUUCCAGAAACUGCAAUUUAUUUUAUUGAAGAUGGUAAGAAGGUCCCAGCUGCUUGAUUCCGAGUCAUAAAUACCAAGUGUUAGGAGAGUGGAGUCUUCCCCUUUGCUUGGCACUCUCCAAACUCAUUGCAGUCUCAAGGUAAAUGGACUGCUUAAUAGAGAAUCUAAUAUCCAAUGACAUUUGUCACUCGUUAAAUCCCUCUUUUCUUUGUUUCUGGAACUGAAAAAUGUCUUGGAAUAUGAUAGUGACAACUUGUACAGGCACAGUAUGUGUGCUGUUAUGCUUUUGUUUUUCUAUUAAAAGCUGGUGAGUUGAAUUCUUCACAAGUAAAAAGCUUUUUACCCUA